AUGGAAUACGUCUGCUGCACAUCGGGUCGUUCUAAAAUCCAAUCGGCCGGGCAUUCAAUCCUCGCCUUGCAUCCUUUGCCAGUGCGUGAAGCAGCUGCUAGUUUGUCGUGUGCACCUUGGCUUUCUCGGCAUGGACAGGACAGCGAUGCUAUUCGGCCACAGCUUAUCGCGGUUUUGGCCACGUGCAACCAGUUCUCCAGCGAGACCAUCCGCUUUUCUCUGGGCGAGGUUCAAGUGAGUCCGCGAAAGCUGCUGUGCGCAGCUUUGGCGGAGGCGCCGGACUCGCGUCUGAUGGCUUUGGGCGCUGCAGCGGCGGAAGACUCUUCGGCGACGGGGGCUGGAAGUGCGGUGAGGGCUGCGUCGCGCUCCCGGAGCCGAGCCAUGUCUCCUGGCCUCCAGGCCGGGCUCAAGGUGCAGAGCCGACACCACAGCCGCUCCAACUUGGGCAAGCCACCCAUGGAUCCCAGUGGUCCCAGUGGUCCGACACGGAGAUCCGACUCGCAGACGCGUGGUGAAAGAUCCCCAUCCUUCAGCGAGGUCCUUCAGCCUCUCAUUGUUACCCGCUUGGACGGCGGCCAACAGAAGAUGUGGGCGUCCUUUUCACGGUAG